CAUGCUGUGGUUCAGGUCAGGAGAAUGACGUUGGAUUAAAACAACUUCAAACCCCACCUGAGAUUUUCUCACAUUUGCUAUAUGUCAUGACUAGUUCUUCUUUCCAGCUUGCCUGUGGAACUCUUGCUCUUCCUGAUAUAAGAAGAUGCUGAGAGUGUGAAGUCCCAAACCAAGCCCUUUCUGAGAUGCCACUGAAUUGUCUUGCCAGUGCCAGGAAACCUCUGCGCCCAGGAAACCUAUUAUACCUCAGAGGCUCCCUCAGCUUUCUAUUUUAGGGUGAUGUUUGCAAUGGCAGCCACAUCUUCACCGUCUCCUGGAAAACCAAGGAGCUGAAGCUGAUGGAUCACAUGCUGUCAGCUGGAGCCGUGAUCCCAGUGACCUCAAGCAGAGGAAAGACUGGGGCUGACCCACCAUGCCUUGCUUGCUUCUUCAGCCGUACAGGUCACAGGUGAUGAGAUUGCUUGAGGAGUUUGACCAUUACUCUUCCCUAACCCAACUCAUGUCCACCUACCAAGCAACCAACAGGACCAUCUUCAACUGGACAGACAGCCAUGUUACUGAGUGGGAGAAAUUUGCCGAGCUGGCUAAAUAUGAGACAGAAUCCCAGAAACCAACCAUGAAAGCUCUCCUAAUUGUGGCGUACUCGGUCGUUAUUGUCAUGUCUCUCUUUGGGAACGUACUGGUGUGCCAUGUGGUGCUGAAGAACAAGAGGAUGCACUCAGCCACCAGCCUCUUCAUCGUCAACCUGGCUGUGUCUGACAUCAUGAUCACGCUGCUCAACACACCUUUCACUCUAGUCCGGUUUGUGAACAGCACGUGGAUCUUUGGAAAGGCCAUGUGCCACAUCAGCCGCUUCGUGCAGUACUGCUCCCUCCACGUCUCCACACUGACCCUGACAGCCAUCGCUCUUGACAGGCACCAGGUCAUCCUGAACCCGCUGAAGCAGAGGAUGUCCCUGACAAAGGGAGUGCUGAGCAUCUCUGUUAUCUGGCUGAUGGCAACCUGUUUCUCCCUGCCCCAUGCUGUCUACCAAAAGCUUUUCCAGUAUAACUACAGGGAAGCCACUGUCCGGAGUCUGUGCCUCCCUGAUUUUCCUGAGCCCGCAGAGCUGGUAUGGAAGUAUCUAGACCUGUCUACAUUUCUCCUUCUUUACCUCCUGCCUCUGCUGAUCAUCACCGUUACCUACACGCGCCUGGCCAAGAAGCUGUGGCUCCGCAAUGCCAUCGGGGACAUCACCACGCGGCAGUACAUCACCCACCACAGGAACAAGAAGAAGAGCAUCAAGAUGCUGAUGCUGGUGGUGGUGGUCUUUGCGGUCUGCUGGUUUCCCCUCAACUGCUACGUGGUGCUCAUCUCAAGUCUGGGCAUCAAGACAAAGAACUCUCUCUAUUUUGCCCUGCACUGGUUUGCCAUGAGCAGCACUUGCUACAACCCCUUCAUCUACUGCUGGCUGAACGAGAGCUUCCGCACAGGGCUCAGGGCCCUGCUCUGUAUCUGCCAGAAGGCACCGCCGCCUCAGGACCACGCACUGCCGCCAGUGGCCGCGUCCUGCCGCGAGGUGUGGAUGGAGCAGGCCAGGUGCAGGAAGGGAGCUGUCUCCCAGACCAUCUGCUCCACCGGGAACCUCCCCACAGCCAACACGGACCUGUGA